AAACAAAACAAGUUUCUUGUUUCGCUGGAAAGUUCACUUGAACCAUCACCAACAAGUUCACAUUCACUUUAUCCUUCGAAAACAUUCUACCCGAUCUACAGACGGGCGACUGCCACAUCAUACGAUUUCUGAACCUGGCAAUACAAUGAUUCGUGGAGUACAUAAAGUUUGUGGCCAUAAUGCCUUUAUAUUGGAGCCGUAUAUCAGCUCCCUUCAGCUGUCAACCCACUUGACUUCUGCUAAGACUUACUCCACUGCCCAGAAGCUUCCCCGGCUUCCAGUGCCAAAGCUGGAUGAUACUUUAAGUAAAUAUUUGAAAACUGCCAAGCCACAUUUGAGCAAUGAGGAGUAUGAUGUCACAUGCAAUCUUGCUAAAGACUUUGCUACUGGAGUUGGUCAGGAUUUGCAGAGUUUGCUAGAAAAAAGAGCACAGCAGCACACAAAUUGGCUUGAGGAGUGGUGGCUCAACACAGCAUAUUUGGAGUACCGGGACCCUGUUGUAGUGUAUUCUAGCCCUGGCCUUGUAUUUCCGUUCCGGAAGUUCAACAGUCAGCUCGACCAGUUGCAGUAUGCAGCAAAAACGUUGCUGGCUGCACUUGAUUACAAAUCCUUAAUUGACAAUGACAAAAUUCCAACUGAGAUGAUGGGCAAAAGCCCAUUGGACAUGCAACAGUAUAAGAAAAUAUUUGGAACAUGUCGGAUACCUGGUCUAAAGAGAGAUUCAUUGUCAUAUAACACUACCAGCAAACAUGUUACUAUCAUCCAUAACAAUCAUAUCUUCCAUGUUGAUCUCUGGGGAGACGACGGUAAAGUUCUUAAUGAAGAUCAAAUAGUGCAGCAGCUGCAGAAAGUAAUAGAAAUGUCCAAUGCUCCCUCGCAAGAUGGAAUUGGUAUUCUCACAUCGGAAAAUCGAAACGCUUGGGCUAAAGCUUAUGAUGUACUGAUAAAAGACAAUCAAAACAAAGAAUCGUUGAAGGACGUGCAAUCAAGUCUGGUGGUACUAUGUUUGGACAAGCCUGUGGGGCUGUGGAAGGCGGCCGACAAAAACGGUCGCCAAAACAUUGCUGGCGCGCAGACCAUCCACGGAGGAGGCGCGGGACUCAACGGCGGCAAUCGAUGGUUCGACAAGACAGUUCAGUUUAUAGUCGGUGCUGACGGCGUGACAGGGCUGACUUACGAGCACUCGCCAGCCGAGGGACAACCUAUUGCCGUGCUAACGGACUUCCUCAUCAAUUUCAUAGAUCAGAAUAAAGCUGCAGGUAGGCCUGCCUCGUCAAGCCCGAAACCCCCACGGCUGCUGAAGUUUAAUGUGAACUCAGAGGUGGCUGGCAUGAUCAACACAGCAAAGAGCAGUUUAGACAAACUAGUAAACAAUCUUGAGCUGAACUGCUUUACGUACGAAAAGUAUGGGAAGAACUUCAUCAAGUCACAAAAACUAAGUCCAGACAGCUAUCUGCAGAUGGCUAUGCAGUAUGCAUUUUACAGGUUGCACAAAACGCCCGGCGCGCACUACGAGUCCGCAGCGACGCGAAUGUUCGCCGGCGGUCGCACCGAAACCAUCCGCUCCUGCUCAAUCGAGUCCAUCGAGUUCGCCAACGCCAUGCUGGACUCCAAGCGCUCACCAAAGGACAAGAAGGCGGCCAUGCAGACCGCUAUUAAUGCGCACAAGAAUUAUACAGUUAUGGCUCUUCAAGGGCUCGGCGUAGAUCGUCACCUUCUCGGGCUGAAGUUGAUCGCACUGGAGAACGGCGUUGAUAUACACAAGCUGUACUCCGACCCGGGGUACGUGAGGAGCGCCCACAUGCGGCUGUCCACCAGUCAGGUGGCAUGCAAAUGCGACGGCUUCAUGUGCUACGGACCUCUAGUCAGCAACGGCUACGCGACGUGCUACAACCCGCGCGACAACGAUGUCAACUUCGCCACAUCGGCCUUCAACGACAACCCGGAGACCAGCUGCGACAAGUACAGGGGCGCCUUGGAACAGUCCCUCCAAGAUAUGCACGACGUGCUCCUGCUUAGCACACAGGCUAAACUGUAAAAGUUUGGUUGCAUAUCCUUACCAAACAAUCUUGAGCGCAAUUUAUAAAGCUAC